GGAAGUUAAAGUCUCCAUUAGCGACGGUGCGAAAAUUGUCUCACAUUCUGAUGAUGCUGAUGUAUAAUUAGCGAAACAGAAUGGUUCAGUUGUCAGACUUUUCUCCGACAUCUACGAGUAAGAAGACGAUAUGAAGGAUCAAUACAAUUCGGCCGUCAGGUGGGGCAGCGACUGCGGUGGCGACACCCAACUCCGCCUCGUACAGGGAGAGUAAUCCGUAGCACUUCGUGUCCCGCACGGAAGCGGUUUUGACGACCCGAACCUGAAACCUCGACGUCUCCUGUCUUCUUCCUCCUCACCUAGUUCAAGAAACCCUCUCCUUCCUCUCUUGCUUCAUGGGUGGAAGGCUCUCCCGUCAUGAUUCGCCCUCUGUGGCUGACACAAGCGCCCCAUCCAAUCUCGAUAAAGAUCAGAUGCUUGCGCAGGCAGAGAAAGAAAUGGGCUUCAGAAUAGAUCAUUUAAACCGGCUUGCUCAUACCUGUUUCAACAAGUGUGUUGACAAAAGAUACAAAGAUUCCGAGCUCUAUAUUGGCGAAAACAGUUGCGUUGAUCGUUGCGUUUCAAAGUAUAUUCAGGUGACAAAUAUAAUUGGACACAUACUGGCUUCCACCAAGCCACCAGUUUGAAGCAGCUACUGCUUGUAGAGCAAAUAGCUCAAUUCUUUCUUCAUCUGCUGCCAACAUAAUGAAUGAUGAUAGCACCUCCAAAAUUGAUUUGGAAAUGUUUGAUAGCUAUUACCUUAUUACCAAUUCUUGAAUUAUUUGAUUACCAAUUGAAUAUAUAAUACCUUAUUACCUCAUCUAAAUUGUCUGUACACAAUAUAUAUAUAUGGUGUCCAAUUAUGUGUGGUUCGAGUAAACGACAAGGUUGUGGGUAAGCAGUAGAGACACCGUCUUUGGCCAUUUCAGGUGACAGCCGUCAUCGAUGCUUGCCGCUCGAUGGCAUCAAGGACAUGUUUUUAGCCUCAUCCGGAGGCGCAUCGGCUCCUCCUCCUUCGGCGGCAUCACCAACCCCCAAAUUUCCACCUCAAAAGCCGUCUCCCAUCGCCCAUACACCCUACUUUGUUGUGAUUGGUUCCCAAGGACGAGGAAUGGAAAUGGGAGCAGGCGACGGGGUUGCUGACGGGGGGAUGAGCGGCAUGACGCCCCCUCCCGGUGGCAUGCCCACCUCGUGCAUGGGCAUGAUGCACAUGACCUUCUUCUGGAGCACCCGCGCGCAGAUCCUCUUCUCCUGCUGGCCCGGUGACCGAGGCGCCGGCGCGUACGUCCUCGCCCUCUUCCUCGUCGCCGCCGCCUCCGCCCUCGUCGACUGCCUCUCCGCGGCCCUCCACCGCCUCUCGCGGGGGGACCGCGUCUCGCUCGCCCUCCUCCGCACCGUGCUUCACGCCGCCCGGAUGGGCCUCGCCUACCUGGUCAUGCUCGCCGUCAUGUCCUUCAACGUCGGCGUGCUCAUCGCCGCCAUCGUCGGCCACGCUCUAGGGUUCCUCCUCACCGGGAGCGGGCUACUGAAGCGGGCGGGGCCCAGUAGUAACGGGCUUAUGAUGAAAUAGGAUGAAUUUAAUGUGUCUUCAAGUCCGUCCAUUAUUUACGAAGAUGCUUGUGUUAGCCACUUGGCUUGUAUUUGUACCAAUCAAUGUAUGCUUGUUUUAGACUC